AGAAUGAGCAAUCAUGACGGAGCUUCGUCAAAUGGUGGAAUUGAUGGACAUCAUUCAUGUCUAAACACGGUUCAAGUAGGAAAUGCCUUUGACUUAGCUCGUCAUACUCGCAUUUUGAUUGAUAGUGUGCAAACGAGUUCAGAAGACGUACCACAUCAUGGAUUAAAUACAGGCCAAGGCUUUGACAACCUAAUUUUUGGUUCUUCAGUUAGGAGAAGACCUGUUCUCAGCAGCAUAUCAACACCAGAGCAAUUUAAGGAAGAAUUGUUUCUCAGUACCUUGAGAAACUUCAUUUUGGACAAGGGCGGUUUUCUUGGUGAAGGAUGGCAUGUUGAAUUUAUACCAUCCCCAUAUGAAUAUGGUCCCAAUCCAUCUGUUCUCUAUUGUGCUCCAGAUGGAAAAAGGUUUGAAUCAAUGUAUGAUGUUGCUCACUAUCUGGGGAUUUCCUCAGGUAUUACUCCUGUUGAGGUCGAUGAAAGAACCUGUGGUUUUGCAUCAGUGCGCAGACCCCUUGCUUCUCGUAGACGGAGAAAAGAUCUUGCAAGAAUUUCUGCGAACUGUAAAUCUACUGAAAACCAUGAAAUUUUGAGGAUUAAUCAUAGGGAGGUGCCUUAUCCUGAUGCAGAUUGUAGACCUCAAUAUUAUGAUGCUAACUGUGCUUCAAGAGCUGCAGAAUCUUAUAUGGAAGAAAAUGGUUUCGCUGACUCUCAAAAUUCAUCUGUCAGCCUUCCUAUUCAAUACAAAGAUUUCUUUGUUCUUCGUCUGGGGAAAGUAGAUGCUCGAGCAGCAUACCAUGAUAGUCACCAAAUAUGGCCAAUAGGAUAUCGAUCAUACUGGCAUGAUAAAGUUACAGGUUCGCUCUUUCAGUGCGAAGUGUCAGAUGGAGGCGACUCUGGACCUGUUUUCAAGGUCCGAAGGUGUCCUUGUUCGCUGUCUAUUAUUCCAAAUGGGGAAAUUAUUCUUUUACAUAACAAGGCUAACCAGUUAGGCCCUGCAGAAAAUACAGAAAGUAGUAGUAUGGUGUUUGAUGCUAGCUCUAAUGAAGAAGAAGACAUUCUUAUGCUCCUUUCAGACCCCAAUCCUUCAGAGCAAGACUUUUUGUCUUGUUUUCCUCAUGAUAGCAGUGAAAAUUUAGAUCAGUCUUCUGCGCAAAUGUACUUGCAAAAACCAGAUAGUCUAACAGCCAAUCUUAACCGUAAUUCAGAAAGGUCUACAGAUCUUUCAAACAAGAGUUCUAGUUUGAGGGAUCAAAUUGGGGAAUUCUAUGUCGAAGGAAAAUCUUCUUCUUCAGUAUGGAAAAUGGUGUCCCGAACUCUCAUUGAUGCUUGCACUGAAGUGUACAAGCAGUAUGGGUGUUUGCAAUUCUGUUGCAGACAUCAGUGUGGCUCAUCUUUCUCUGAUGGUGAUCUAAAAGAUGUACACCGUAUUGGCUCACUGGCUAGAUUCUGCUAUGCCUCUGGACCCAUUGAAACUCCUCGAGUUAUUCAGAGUGAUAGUGAACUGGAUGCUACACUGAGAUCACUGUCAACAUGGUUAGAGCAAGAUAGAUUUGGGUUAGAUACUGGUUUUGUACAAGAAGUUAUAGAAACCCUUCCUACAUGCCGCGCUUGCUCACAGUAUCAAUUUUUAAUUGAUAGGAGUGACUUUUUGUCUUCAUGUACAAUUGGGAGUAGGUUACUUUUAGCCAUACAGAAGAACGGAAAACGGGCUGGUGAGGAAGUACCGUAUGGUCUGUACAGUGGAUCCAAGGUGCAUAAUCUUCCUGAAGAUUCCCCGUUAGCUGAUACACGACGAGCCCCUCCCGGACGGCCAUUGAGCAGUAAGAUCCCUGGAGAGCUUGUAGGAGAUGUUUUUCAGAUAUGGGAGUUCUUCUGGCGUUUCUAUGAAAUUUUGGGUCUGAAAGAACCUUUGUCAUUUGAGGAACUUGAAGAUGAACUUAUUGAUCCGUGGCCCUGUGACUUGAAUCAUCUGAAAAAAAUUGAAAAGAAAAAUCAGGACUGUAGAGCUCCAGCGUCACUAGCAACUGAAAAGAAAAACCAGGAUUGCAGAGAACCAGCAUCACUAGGAACUGAAAAUGCUAGUUGUUCAGUUUCACUCUCCACCAAUGCAUCCAAUUCAACAAUGCAUGAACAGGGCCCUUCCAAGUUAAUUCCAAUCGAAACGGCUGCUACAAGGGAAGCUACUCAAGUUAAAGUGGCAUCACAUACUUAUGGGAGUUGCAGUGGUGUAGCUCUGACAAAAGCACACAUCUCACUACUGAGAGUCUUGGUUGGAGAGCUCGUAAACAAGGUUGCAGUUUUUCUAGAUCCAAAUUUUGAUGCUAGAGAUGUAAAACCCAAAAGGGGUAGGAAGAAAGAUGUAGAAAACUCUCCUGCAAAAGAAAUAAAGAAUGAGUUACUAACUGUUAACGAGCUGACGUGGCCGGAGUUAGCUCGCAGAUAUGUUUUGGCAGUCUUGUCGAUGAAUGGGCGCAUGGAAGAUGUCAGUAAUCGUGAAAGCCUAAAAGUUUAUCGAUGUUUACAAGGUGAUGGCGGUGUACUAUGUGGAUCUCUUUCUGGAAUUGCUGGGAUGGAAUCAGAUGCAUUGCUUCUUGCAGAGGCAGAAAGGCAAAUAUCUAGUUCUACAAAACAAGAGAGUGACAUGUUGCCUGUAGAUCACAAAGAUUCUGAUGCAGCAGAUACUUGCGAACCAGUGGUUGUUAAAAGCAAUAAUCUUCCUGAGUGGGCAGAAACUCUGGAACCAGUGAGAAAGCUACCAACUAAUGUAGGAACAAGGAUUAGAAAGUGUGUAUACAAUUCUUUAGAGAAAAAUCCACCAGAGUGGGCAAAGGUGAUUCUGGAGCAUUCAAUCAGUAAAGAGGUUUACAAAGGAAAUGCGUCAGGGCCGACAAAGAAAGCUGUUUUGUCUGUUCUUGCAAAGUUAACUAGUUGCAGUCAGCAGCAGAAGCCUGAAAAAGCAUCAAGAAGGGAAAAAUUACUUUCUGUGUCAGAUGCCAUAAUGAAAAAAUGCCGCUUUGUGCUGCGAUCUGCUGUUUCUGCAGAUGAAUCAAAAAGAUUUUGCAAUUUUCUUGGUACCACCUUACUUAAUUCUUGUGAUAGCAAUGAUAGGGGUAUUCUUGGAUCACCUGCUAUGGUUUCUCGCCCUUUAGACUUCCGGACAAUUGACUUGAGACUGGCAGUUGGGGCUUAUUGUGGUUCUCAUGAAGUAUUUUUGGAAGAUGUCCGGGAGGUUUGGCACAAUCUACGCACUGCAUACGAGGAUCAACCUGAUUUAAUACAAAAACUGGAACAAUUGGCGCAGAGCUUUGAGUCUCUAUAUGAGAAGGAGAUUUUAGAUGUAUUUCAAAAAUUUGCCAUUCACUCCGGUGUCGAGCGAUUAGAUGCUGAAAUACAGAAAGAAUUGCAUGAUGUUCUGCUAGCUGGAAAUGAAGUACCUAAAGCACCUUGGGAAGAUGGUGUAUGCAAAGUUUGUGGCAUAGAUAAAGAUGAUACCAGUGUUCUUUUGUGUGACAAAUGUGAUUCCGAGUACCAUAGAUAUUGCCUAAACCCUCCCCUUGCUCGGAUUCCAGAUGGGGACUGGUUUUGUCCAUCUUGUGUUGCGGAUCAACGUAAUGUGCAGGACAAAAGCCAGUGUACUCAGCCUGUAAUCCGCUUCCAGAGAAGAAAUCUGGGAGAUGAAACUCGUGCUUUUCAAGAAGCUCUGCAUCAGCUAGCUAGUUCCAUGGAAUUAAAAGAGUAUUGGGAGCUUAAUACAGAACAGAGGAUAUUUUUGCUGAAAUUUUUGUGUGAUGAAGUGCUGAAUUCUGCACUUAUUCGUGAACACCUUGAACAGUGCGUUGACAAGUCAAAUACCACACAACAAAAGUUAUAUGCUCUUUCUAUUGACUGGAGAAACUUGAAAUUUAAGGAAGAACUGUUAGCAAGAACCGUGCCAGAACAUACUGGUAAAUACAGUGGAUGCGAAGACUUUGUAGGAGAAGAAGGGAUAGCUACUACGCUUGCUAACGAAGGUGGGCUGACAGAGCAGCAGCAACAUUUCAGAAACAACAGAGUAAUCUAUACUACAAAUUUUUCUGGUAGUCCACUUAAGAGGGCAUCUGCCCCGUUAGAGGAGUACCAUGAGGAGAAUGGACAAACUGAUGUCAAACAGAACUUUGGGCAAUUGCUAAAGAGCAUGAUUGAUAAACAUGUUAAUGGUAAAAGACAUCAGAACGACUCUGAUUCCAUCGCUGAUGGUCAUGUUCUGAAUAAGGCCACAAUAAAUGAAAAUUCCUUUCCCACUAUAAAUGUUAGCAAUGGUAAUGAACCAAGUGAGCGAGAACAUUCAACAGUUCCUUCAGUUGCUUUACCGCAAAGGAAUGCAGCAGUGAAGGAAGUGGUCCAUGGAGUUGAUCCUGAAAAUGUACAAAGGACGCUGAUUGGUGUUGCAAAGAAAGCACCAUACAGUUCGGAUGCAAAAGACACUCUAAGCAUGGAAGAAAACUCUGGAACUGGCAUGUCAGUGGGAGAAUUGAUUCCUUCCCAUUCAAAUACAGUUGUGCAAGGAAGCCACCUUGAUAUUCCUGCAAAUCUGACUGAUUCUGACAGCAGCAGUCUUGAGCUGAACUCUCUGAGAAAUGAGAUUUCACAUUUGCAGGACUCAAUAGCCAGUUUAGAGUCUCAGAUUAUGUUCACGUCAUUGAGGAGGGACUUCUUGGGAAGAGAUUCCAUUGGGCGGUUGUAUUGGGUUAUUGGCAAGCCCGGUAAACGUCCUUCAUUAGUAGUAGGUGGAGGUAGGGCGGUGCCUUUGGAGAAGAGAAUCAGAAGUGAAAUUGAGGCCACUGGUUCUAGCAGCACUAGCGGUUUUGCUUCGCCUGGUUCUGUGCUUGGAGAAAACACCUCCAACUUCUUGAGCCAAUCUGAUAGUAUGUCGAAUUCAUCACCUUUGGUUGUAUAUGAAACUGACACUGAAAUUCAGCAACUCGUCAGCUGGUUGGGAGAUGCUGAUCCUGGAGAAAGGGAACUGAAGGAGUGCAUCUUGCAGUGGCAAAGUCUUGCAUUUUAUCAUGAGAAUAUUUAUGCUAGAAUUGAUCCUAAACCAAAAUCUUCCAUUGUUGAAAAGGUUGCACCUCCUUGCCAUUUAACUACGAAAGCUGCAAGCAUACUUGAAAAAAGUUAUGGGCCAUGCUUGGAGCCAGAAGUCACUGAAAAUCCAAAAAAACGCAGGAGGAAGGGAAAAGUGAACAGCGAUGAAAAGAUGUACAGAUGUGAGUGUUUAGAGCCUGUAUGGCCUUCUCGACCCCAUUGUGUCACUUGUCACCAAACCUUUUCCUCUAUCCAAGAUUUUGAAGGUCAUAAUGAUGGAAAGUGUGCUCCAAAUAUUCCUGUUACUGAUGAAAACAAAGAAAACGACGAUUCUAUGAAAGGGAAGGUAAUAAAGCAUGAUAAUAAGAAAGGGAAGGAGCACACUGAUGAUGUAGAUACUGUGGAGACAUUGAAAAAAGGGAAAUUUGAUAUAAGCUCAAAUCUAGUCAAAUUCCCAAAUAAAGCAUGCCCUUAUGACCUAGUUGAGAUCAGUAAAAAAUUCAUCACUAAUGAUUCGAACAAGGAGUUGAUUAAGGAGAUCGGACUUAUUGGUUCCAAUGGUAUCCCAUUUUUAAUAUCAUCUCCUCACAUGUUUCUUGAUCCUCCAUUACUUCUAAGACAAAGUGAAAAAAUCGACCAUCUGAAUAAAGCUUCGCACUCUUCAGACAACCGGCUACCGAUUAUCUUACAUAAUGAAGGAACAAAUGUAUCUCAUGGUGUCCUAGGGAAUAAGCCUAGACAUGAUGCCACAUUAACUCAAAACUGUCCUGUUGAUAGUAAGCGUGAUCGUUUAGCUAAAACAUCUUCAUCAUAUACCACAACUGGGAAGCGUGCAUCUUGCAAGGCACAGGGGCCAAAGGUUAUCCAGAGCUGUGCAGUUCCUGAGCCUUCACUCAGACCUCUGCUUGGAAAAGUUUCUCAUAUUUUAAAGCGGCUCAAGAUCAACUUACUUGAGAUGGAGGCAGCCUUACCAGAGGAAGCAUUGAGAUUGUCAAGGUCUGACAUUCGGAGAAGAUGUGCAUGGCGUGCAUUUGUGAAGUCUGCAGAGUCAAUAUUCGAGAUGAUUCAAGCAACGAUCUUGUUGGAGGGUAUGAUCAAGGCGGAAUACUUGAAAAAUAGAUGGUGGUACUGGUCAUCCCUUACAGCUGCAGCAAAGACUAGCACUAUUUCGUCUCUGGCUCUUAGAAUAUACUCUUUGGAUGAUUCAAUCAUUUACACAAGGGAAAAGGACCCUCAGCCAUGUCCUUUAGACCCUUCAGCAGAGAGUUUGUCGUCGUCAAACAAGAUGGUAGGGAAGAAAAGAAAGGACAUGGCUGGUGUUGGACCUUCUUAACUAAUUAUAAAUCACAAAGUUGUGAGUAUUUUGCUGAGGCAUGAACGGUGACGAGUCCCUGGCUAAAUUGAAGAAUCCAAGAGUGGAGUCACGCUAGCGAGGGAGGUGUCUCGGUAUUUAGUGCAGCUGACAGGAGCAUCUUGAGCGCUGGUGCCGCCGCUUCAGUGUACAUAGCUAUCCAUCAUCUAUAUGUUAAAACGCUGACAGAUGCUGACUCAGGAUAGUAGCCUAACCUGAGAAAGAGAGAGGGCUGUUCGAGGUGGUGUUAUCUACUUGACUGGAUGAAUAUUAUCAAUGUCCUCGUGAUUUUGCUUUCAGAGGAGAGCGUUUUGCAGCAGGGAGUGGGUCCCUCCUCUUGGUGACAACAAU